GCCGUGGUUGUGCAGAAAUUGAAGUGAGCGUUUUUAAUAACCCCUGAACAUCAAGAUGGAAUGACCAAAUUUUCGUUUCAACUUGAAAACGUGAUUUCUAAGAAAACACAGAACCGAGAUGUCUUACGAUAUAGGCUAGAUGUAUCGGUCGUGGCGUGGUGAGGCAAUCUGAUUUCGCGAUUUAAUCAAAGUUGUGAGGAUUUGAAUUCGUUGGCUUACAAAAAUGGUGUUACAAAUAACUCUUCUUGCUGAUGAAUUCAAGAAAUCAACCAAGGGUGGUCUGUCUACCUUGAAUAGACAGUUGGCUAUUCAACUUGCUAAAGUUUCAAGUGUAAGGGUUCGCAUGCUAAUGCCUAAAGUCACAGAGGAAGAUAGGAAAGAUGCUAAGAAAUAUAACAUAAACAUUAUUGAAACUUUGGAAUGUGUUGGCCUUGAACCAAUUUAUUGGUUAGGAUAUCCACCGGAAGGUUUUGAAACUGACAUUGUUAUAAGUCAUGACGUUAAGCUGGGAUGGCCUGGUUAUGUGAUAAGAAGAUCAUGUGGUGCAAAAUGGAUACAUGUUGUCCAUACAGAUGCUGAAGAGCUGGGAUUGGACAAAAACUAUAAGGGUGCAAUUUCACGAGGUCAAGACAAGCAGAAAAGUCAAACAAAACUGUGUGAAAUGGCAGACUUGGUGAUGACAGUUGGUCCAAAGCUAAAGAAUAGUGUGCCUGUUGGCUCUUGUCCUCCAGAAAAAGUCUUUAAUUUGACUCCUGGUCUUUUUCAAGAAUUUUACAUGCAACGCAAAGAAUUUGACAAGAGUGAACGAUUUGACAUCUUACUUUUUGGAAGGGGAGAUCCCGAAGAUUUUGAAAUCAAAGGGUUCCAAACUGCCUAUGAUGCAUUUAUCAAGUUAAAGAAGGAGGAUAAGACCUACAACUUGACAAUUGUUGGAGCCAUUGAAGGGACCCAGGAAGAUUUGAUAGCUAAGUUAAGAAACAGCCCUGAUGAUCCUAAGCCAUAUAUAAGAAGAUAUGAAGAGGACCGAGAAGAGUUGAAAAAGCUGUUUAUGGGGAUGGAUCUGGUGCUGAUGCCAUCAAAGACUGAAGGAUUUGGUUUAGCAGGGCUAGAGGCCCUGUCAGCGGGGGUACCCAUCCUUGUGUCAAGCAAUUGUGGCUUGGCAGAAGCCCUGGAGAAGAUUCCACAUGGUUCACAAUGCGUGGUUGAGUCAGAGGAUGACUGGGCCAGAGCUAUUAAGAAAGUGAGGCGGAGGGAUGAAGCAACCCGCAAUGCAGAAGCCAGUUCGAUUCGUGAAAAAUACAAUGAGAAGUACUCAUGGACUGACCAGCGUAAAGAACUUGUGAAAUAUAUGAAAAAAAUGUGUCCAGCUACUACACAAAAAUCAAAGAAGGAAAGAGAAGAAGCCAGUUCUGCAAAUGAUGGGGAGAACAGAGUGGAUGGUGUUCCAGAGAAGAGUGCUAAAACCCCACUGAAAAGGAAAGCACUAGCAAAUGUGACAAAUUCUGCUAGGAAAGAAGGCACCACUCCCAAACCUGCUUCGAAAAAGAGGAAAUCUAAAGACAAAAGCAACCUAGGUAAUGAAUCAGGAGGCACCACUCCAAAACCCACCUCAAAGAAGAGAAAAUCUAAAGACCAAAGCGACAUAGGUAAUGAAUCGGAAGGAGCCACUGAGGCAAUUAUGAUGAGCAAAGCAGUGGAGGUAGCUGGAGCUACUGAGAUAACCCUAGGUGCCGAGGAAGAUGAAUCACAAGGAAAUGAUGAGAGUGCAGUAGAGGAAGUCAGCGUGAAUCCAGCAGGUGCUUAUCAGAAACUGCAAGAAGAAGAAACAUCUGAAACAACUGUUACUGAGAAAGAAAGAGGGUCUAAUGGAUUGCAAUAUGAUUUUGAAGAAUUGCAAGCCCUGUCCUCUUGCAGCUCAUGAAGACUCUUCAUACACACUGAUAGGAAGUGGCUAGCAUUGUGCAGAGAUGCUCCAUAAAUAACAAAUUGUCUUACAGAUUUAAAUUGUACAAUGGUCUCAAAUAAGGAAUUAGUCGCAUAGUAGGUAGUAAUAUUAGAGUAACAAAUAAGAGUGCAUUUCAGGAAAUAAUUGAGGGAGAAAUUUCAAAAUUAACUUGGUUAGAGGUUUGCCUUAAAUUAGUCUGUUCAGUGUUUGUUUUGAUGUAGCAAAAGGCUUUUCAGUAUGCCUUCUUUUUAUCUUUCCUGUCUGUUGAGACAUUGGUGUGCUGCUUGAUAAGACAAACCAAUGGCCGUGCACAAGACUUAAUAAAUUUAUUAGAGAAUUUAAAAGCCUCAGAUUUUUUUAUGGAUCUUAACUAGCAUAGUACAGUCAAGAAACAGUUUAUUGCUUUUAUCCAUGGGUUUAUUUAGUGUAUUGAAAGUGCACACAGCCAAGACCAGCUGGCACUUGAAAGUGGUUGAUGUCAGUAGAAGAACUACUACCAAUUAUAAAGUGCCGGCAGCUGAGUAUUAAUAUUAUUGCAGUGUAUACUGUUGUAACCCAAGUCUAAAAAUGAGGUUUAUUCUAUAUUUUACUUUGUAGCCAUUUUUUAACUCAAACUACUUUGUUGUCAAGAUGUAAACCUUAGGGUAUCCAGACCAGUACAGAUUAAACUUGAGGAUCAUGUUUCAGUGUCAUUUUGUGUUGUAAACAAGCAGAGUGUGGAAUUUCUCUUUGUUCUUUGCUAGGCUUUUAUUGUGGUUUAAUAAUAUUUUAAGUAAAUUACCUCCCUAAUGGAAAUUCCUUUGAUCUGCCAGGUUAAUAUUUGGUUCUGUGCCCAGAACAUUAAUUUUAAAAUUAUUUGAUCAUGUAGUCAAUAGCAUAUUCUCAUUUAGAGAUAGAGAGGCUUAUUUAGCUUUACUUUGACUGGAAGAUAGUAAAUAACUCUAUUUAGGGGAAAGAAAAAUAAAUACUGACAAUGAAAAAAGAA